GACAGUAACUUGAAUGACGUAUAAUUUAUGCGCCAGCCUUGUCAUUCUCAAAGGAAUUAAUGCUGAAAUAUUAAGUCACCAUGGUGAUGAAAUCAGCCAUUGAGGAUGAUGACACUGGCUGGGUGCUGGGCAUCCCAGAAAAGAUGAAGAACAAUGCCAACUGGGUUGAUAUUACCCACGAAUUUAAGGGAGCCUGCAAAGAGUUAAACCUUGGAGAGUUGCUUCAUGAUAAACUGUUUGGCCUUUUUGAAGCCAUGUCAGCAAUAGAGAUGAUGGAUCCAAAAAUGGACGCGGGAAUGAUUGGAAACCAGGUCAACAGGAAAGUUCUCAAUUUUGAACAAGCGAUUAAGGAAGGCGCCAUAAAGGUGAGAGACCUUAGUCUCCCUGAACUCAUUGGGGUCAUUGAUACUUGUUUCUGCUGUUUGAUCACUUGGCUGGAGGGUCACUCCUUGGCUCAGACUGUGUUCACCUGCCUGUAUGUCCAUAACCCUGACCUGAUUGAGGAACCAGCUCUCAAAGCCUUCGCUCUGGGCUUGCUGAAGGUGUGCGACAUCGCUCGAGAGAAAGUCAACAAGGCAGCUGUGUUUGAGGAGGAGGAUUUCCAGGCCAUGACGUAUGGUUUCAAGAUGGCCAACAAUGUUACUGAUCUGCGAGUAACAGGCAUGCUGAAAGACGUGGAGGACGAGUUACAGAGGAAAGUUAAGAGCACGCGCAGCCGACAUGGAGAGCAACGAAACCCAGAGGUUGAACAGGAACACCAGCAGUGCCUGGCACUAUUCAACAGGAUCAAGUUUACACGACUUCUACUGACGUCUCUGAUUGCUUUCACCAAAAAAGAGACCAGUGCUGUAUGUGAAGCUCAGAAACUUGUUGUUCAAGCUGCAGAUCUGCUGCCACCCAUUCAUUCCAGCAUCCAGUUUGGCAUCCAGUCACAAAAUGACACCACUAAAGGAGAUCACCCCAUCAUGAUGGGCUUCGAGCCACUCGUUAACCAGAGACUGCUGCCGCCUACAUUUCCUCGCUACGCCAAGAUCAUUAAACGGGAGGACAUGGUGGCGUACUUCAGCAAACUCAUUGAACGCAUCAAGACCAUGUGUGACGUGGUCAACACCACCAACCUACACGGCAUACUGGAUUUCUUCUGUGAAUUCAGCGAGCAGUCUCCCUGUGUGCUCUCCAGAUCUCUUCUCCAGACAACGUUCCUGAUAGAUAAUAAGAAAGUGUUCGGCACCCACCUGAUGCAGGAUAUGGUUAAAGAUGCUCUAAGAUGCUUUGUUAGCCCACCUGUCCUCUCCUACAAAUGUUGUCUGUUCAACAACCACCAGGCCAAGGACUACAUUGACUCUUUUGUUACUCACUGCUCCAGGCCCUUCUGCAACCUCAUCCAAAUCCACGGGCACAACCGAGCUCGACAGAGAGAUAAGCUGGGACACAUUCUCGAGGAGUUUGCCACACUCCAGGACGAGGCUGAGAAGGUGGACGCAGCGCUGCAUAGCCUACUGAUGAAACUUGAACCUCAGCGGCAGCACCUAGCCUGCCUGGGCACAUGGAUUCUUUACCACAACCUGAGGAUCAUGAUCCAGUAUCUUCUGAGUGGCUUUGAGCUGGAGCUUUAUAGCAUGCAUGAAUACUAUUACAUCUACUGGUACUUGUCAGAGUUUCUUUAUGCAUGGCUGAUGUCAACUCUGAGCAGAGCCGACUCAUCUCAGAUGGCAGAAGAGCGCAUUUUGGAGGAGCAGCUGAAAGGACGCAGCAGCAAAAAGACCAAAAAGAAGAAAAAAGUUCGACCUCUCAACAAGGAGAUAACCAUGAGUCAAGCUUACCAGAAUAUGUGUGCCGGCAUGUACAAGACCAUGGUUGCUCUGGAUAUGGACGGGAAGGUGCGAAAGCCUCAGUUUGAGCUGGACAGUGAACAGGUUCGCUACGAGCAUCGCUUCGCCCCCUUCAAUAGCGUGGUUACCCCCCCGCCUGUGCACUACAUCCAGUUCAAGGAGAUGUCUGAUCUGAAGAAGUACAAUCCUCCACCUGGCUCUGCAGACCUCUACCUGGCAGCUAGCAAACACUUUCAGCAGGCCAAGCUCAUCCUAGAAAACAUGCCCGGUCCGGACCCUGAGGUGAAUCGCAUCCUGAAGGUGGCCAAACCCAACAUCGUAGUUACGAAGCUUCUGGCUGGAGGUCACAAAAAGGAGACCAAGGUUCUCCCAGAGUUUGACUUCUCCGGUCACAAGUACUUUCCUAUUGUGAAGAUCAUCUGAUUCCUCCCUGCUCUUUGGGAUCAACGCCUCAUCCACAUGAAUUAAGUGUGCUGACCCAGUCUGUGUCUGAACAGUGUUGUUUAAAACACCCGACUUCAGCUUCAUGUAAACGAGUUUCUGAUAUUUGUGUUUGUUUUCCACUGUAAUGAGAUCCAACUCAUGAAAACAGACCAGAAAACUCAGCUGGAUCUGAAUAAUGGCCGCAUGUGCAUUUGUUGGAAGUUUGAGUGUGUUUUUUUUAUUCUGGGGUAUAAUUGUGUUAUGCAAUAAUGGAUGGAAAUGACUCAGAACAAUCUUGUAAAGGAUGCAGAUGAUGGGUGCACAUCAUUAAAUGAUAUGGAACUUUUAGUUUGUUUUUAUUUUUAUUGGCAGUCUUUCAUCAGAAAAUGUCUGUGAAGGUUUUCAGUCAUCAGAAAAGAAAUAUAUUCUCUGCCUGGUUAAAAAAAAUGGAUUUAUAGUGGCGAUGUGUAUCUGCUUGCGAUGUUGGGCAGUACAUAGCUGAAUCAUUACAAACAAGUGGUAUUUUUGUGUUUGUAACCCGUUUCACACUGAAAGCAUCAGCAGAAUGUCAGCGUGUUGCAGCCUUUGUGCCGCCACAAAUGUAUAACGCUGAUUUGCCAGCAUGGUGUGUCUUCCAAAAAGGCCUACUGUCACUUAACAUUCAUGAACUCACCCAUCUUGACUGACGAUGGUUUAAGUUGCAGGUGUUUUGGUGUCCAAGAAACAGCACAGAACAUCUAGGCUAGUAGAAGCUAACCAUUAGCAACUCCAUGCACCAGAACUCCUCCAGGCUUGUUAUCUGUAGAGAUUAAACAUCCACAACGCAGAGCAAAUGGAGUAGUGGGAGAACCGUGUUGCUGUCAAUCAGAAGGGAAAUGUCCAAAUAUCAGGAUAUAAGACUCUGGCAGAAUUUUCUGUGAAACAGGCACACUGGAGCUUUGUUUCCCCAGAAUAUGUCUUACAAGGCAUUCAUUCAUACUACAGACUGCUGCAAAUGUAUUAAAAUAGGAAUGAAGGCGGUCUUUAAAUAAGCAGUUUCAAACUACUGCACGAGUGAUGUUUCAGCUGUUAGUAGUAUCAUACAAGCAAUGAUCAUUCUGCUGAUUUCAUAUUCUCAAGAAUAAAAUCAUUUGUAUUUGUUACGUCCCCGACAGGAGGUGUUAAAAUGUGAAGGAGGGGGUAACAUAAGAAACAUGAUCGUGGGUUUAAAAUGCGUUUAAUUGUUACAAAAGGUUCCAAAAACAACACCAAAGUUUUAUCCAGGUGGUUAAAUGUUGGUAAGUGGUCCUUUAAAUGUUAACCUUUUAGUCUUGGUUUUUUUGUUUGGCAUUAUUUUAAUAAUGCUUUCCAUCUGUUUUGCGCUUGUUUUUAGAACCUUUUAUAGCAAUUUUAAACCCACUAUCAUGUUUCUUAUGUUACCCCCUUUUUCACAUUGUAACACUCCCUCUCAAAUUCUAUUCAAAUUCAAAAAUACUUUAUUAAUCCCAGAGGGAAAUUGAUUAAAUCGGGGACGUAACUAAAAUUUAGAACAGAAAAUAACCUUUUUAAGUCUUUGAUGAUAAAUAAAAAAAAAGAAAAAAUUAAUUUUGCUUGUAAUUUGUGUGAAACACAAGGAAAUGUUCAUGCUUUAUUCUUUUACUCUCAUAAUUAAACUUUUGUGUUUUGUGGUGUCAGUUGUGUCUGACAAGGUUAAAGUCCUCCCUGAAUUUGAAAGCGGUUUCUCUGUUAUUCAAAUAACUGCAAUAACGUAAUUGUUAACUUAAAGGGGCCAUAGCAUGGAAAAUCCACCUUUUGGAGCUUUUCAGCAUGUGAUAGUGUUGUUUCCUCAUGAAAAAUACUCCCAAACCUACUUUGGGCUGCAUUCGUGUAUUUUUCUGUUUCAGCUGCCAAUUUUGAAUUUUAUUCUGAAAUUCGUGAAAUGCAGAGACGUCAUUCCUCCCGACACCAGACCCUGCUCGCCAUCUGCAAAUAAAUUUGUAUCUACGGCAGUUUUCUGCUGACCUCUGUCACACACACACAAACACACACACACACACACACACACACAUUUUGUUAAAUUCAGUGCAGUUUACUGCACUCCACAAACCUUUCAACAAACAAUUGAAGAAAUAGAAAAUAAACUACAACAAGACUCGGGUUUGCAAAAAGCUCCUAUUAAAAAAACAAAAAAGCAUCUCCUUUUACAGAGUAACUAUUUUAAGACGUGUAAAGGACCUCCUCCUGCUGCUUUCUGGAACUUUUUCACAAGAUAUUUAACAAAACAACUUUUCUAAAUGUAAUUCGACUGUUUAACUUCUUAAAACACAAAUGUGGUUGGAAUUUGUGUUCAGAAGCGGUCGUUUCUCACUAAACCUCUUGAGAAGUGGUCUGAUAAGCACAUGUCACUUUGAGAUGAUUUAGAAGGGAAAUAUAUAUAUAUAAAAUAAAAUCCACAUGAAAUGGUUUUUAUUUAACAAACAUUUAUUGUCAAUAAAAUAUUUUGAUGCUAAAAUAGAGAAAAACAAAUCAAAUUGGCAAAAUGUCAAUAAAAUUAAUGAAAAUUCAAAAUCCUAAAACAUUUCUCUUUAGCACAUAUGUGUCCGGGGGGGGGGGGGGGGCACACUAAGAGGCGUUAUGAUGAAAAUGUUACAAAAGUAAAAACAUCACCAUAAAAAACACUAAAGGAAAGUAAAGCAAUGGAAAGGCAGACAAUUGGGGAACUAGGAAUCAAUCAGCUGAUUAAUCAAAAACUGAAAAAAAAAGUUUCCCGUUUGUCUUCGGUCACAAACUUUACUAAAAACUGUGCAACACAAAAUCGUUUUUGCAGCCCUCAACAAUCAGGACCCGACUUCUUACGUAGAAUUAUAUUGUGCCGCUCCAAACUGCACAAGGCAACUGACCAAAAACACAAAACUGCUGCUAGAUUACAAAUGAACAAAACUUGACAGGUGACAUCAAGCUUAGUGUUCAACAUAACAUUUGCAUUUUAGACCGGUUUUAAAAUAUGCACAAAAACAGAGAUCACAUAUUUAGAUAAAAUCAGAACUAAAAAGCUUUUAGAUUUUUUCUUUCUUACAAAAUCUGAAUUUACAUUCGCGUUUUAGCUCUUCUCUUCCAAAUCAACAAUAAGUGCUAAACUUUAAUUACAACAGCCACAACCUACAGCAGGAAAGCCUCUGGAUAAGCAAAUAAAGGCAUUUUGAUAUCUACAAGGUCACUCCUUCAUUCUGAUGAUAAUCAAAUCAUUAUGAGAAUGAAACGGCGAGCUCUUGGAGGUCUUCUCUAUUUUACCACAUAGAUGUGAUAAAAACACAGUUAGAUAAAGCACAAGGCAAAAAAUGUAUCCUCCAAACCGUCUGAUUUCACUUUCUUUGUUAAUCCGUGACUCUAGUGCUUUUCUUUUUGCACUGACCCAAACACUUUUCAGCUCAGAGUCACUUAAUGUGGAAACAGACAAACUUAAGAGUCACUUCUGAACUCUUCACACACAAAAACACAACAUUCGUACUUUGCAGAAAUGUUAAUCAUAUAGUUUUAAGAAUCCCUGGAUUUUUCCUGCACAAACAUCCGCUCUGAUCCUUGAGUGAACGAUAACAGACCCGAUGAGGCGUGCUGCUGCACAUAUGACCUCCAGUUUUUAGCUAUUCCUAUUUAUCAAAACAAACCCUGCCUUUUAGGAAGCUUUGAAGAGGUUGGAAUAUAAAAUGUUUUGAAGCCAAAACAUCUGAAUGCUUCAACAAAGAUGGGUUGGCGAUAAUUGGCUAUUUAUGAAAUAACGGCAAUAAUUAAAUGCAUCAGCAUCUUACCUUUAUGCUUUUUUUGGUGAAAUGUCUAAACCUGACCUGAAUCUGAAACCUAAAAUGACUAACUAAACCCGCAUUUCUGAAAAUCUGGUACUUAACAAGAAAUACAGCAUUUAUGAUGUCCUUCAGUCAUGCAAAACCUCAGAUGGUUAAAUAAUUCUGCAACACUGGCCCAGAAUUAAAUCCCAUGUUAAUGAGAAACUUCAUAUUCAGAGAAGAGACCUGUGCUGCAGAGCCCUCUGCUGGCAGAAAGCUGUCACAGCAGCCACAGUAUUUCACACGCUGUAUGUAAUCCAACCAGUGUGCACACAACUCACACCUGUUCAAGUCAACAUUCCGCACAUCAACACCAUCAAAAUCUUCUCAUUUUCAUUCAUGUCGAUCAGAUCUGUUUCCAAAAACCAAAUGGUGUCACUUCUUCAGAUGUUUUAGUCAUCUUGGCAACUCAUCAACUGAGCCAAAGGGGAAAAAAAAGAAACAA